CACCUGUUCAGGUAAACCGCUGUUUACUAAACGGGAUGUAAACAGGAACUACUAUUCGGUGGUGGAAAAACCCGAAGAGUUAUGAGUGAAUCAAAGACUCAGCUGGUCAGCGCCAUCUGUCUGCAAGAUGUGCAACUGCAAGAAAAAUCCAACAGCCAACAGGAUGACAAGAAAAACCAGGACAAAGUGAUACAGUGGUACACAGUGGAGGACGCAGUAGAGACCAUCGGCUUUGGACGCUUCCACAUCCUGCUGUUCUUUGUCAUGGGGAGCACAGCUAUCGUGGAGGCCAUGGAGAUCAUGCUGUUGGCUGUUAUCUCUGCCGAGAUCCGCUGUGAAUGGCGUCUUCAAGACUGGCAGGUGGCGCUCGUCUCCAUGAUGGUGUUCCUGGGCUUCAUGGUGUGCGGCGUUCUUGGCGGAUAUGUUGCUGACAGAUAUGGACGCUGGAAGGUGGUGUUUGGUGGCUUCGUGUGGAGUGCCUACUUCUCGCUGCUCACCUCGUUUGCUCCAACAUACGGAUGGUUCAUCUUUCUGCGCAGCAUGGUGGGCUGCGGUGUUGCCGGCGUGUCACAGGGGUUUGUGUUGAAGGCGGAGUUCAUCCCUGCGAAGUACAGAUCCUACCUUCUGCCUCUGGCCUCUAUCUUCUGGAUGACUGGUUCCAUGCUCAUCAUUAUUCUGGGCAUGCUUGUUGUUCCCACUCUGGGGUGGAGGUGGAUGAUUAGGAUCUCUGUUGCUCCCAGCGUCAUCCUCAUCUUCCUGUUUAAGUUUAUACCUGAGUCGGCACGCUACAAUGUGUCUGCAGGAAACAUCCAGGCAGCCGUCAAAACCCUGUCCAGGAUUGCCAAGUUGAACAGAUCAUCUCUUCCUGCAGGACAGCUAGUGGAACCCAUGGAGAAUGAGAGGGGCAGCUGGAGGAUCCUCAUCAGUCCAGCCUUCAGAAGAACAUCUGUGCUGCUUUGGUACUCCUGGUUCGUUGCAUCCUUUGCGUACUAUGGUUCGGUGCUGAGCAGCUCUGAACUUUUGGAGAAGAACUUGCUGUGUGUAACUGAUGGGAAUCUGGAGCAUCAGGUCAAACACCGCCAUGAGGACAGACUGUGUUACUGCAUCCCAUUUGGAAUGAGUGACUACCGGACGCUCCUCAUCAGUAGCCUGGGAGAGGUCGCACUUGUCCCGAUAAACAUUGGCCUGUUAAACCUGUUUGGACGGAAGAUAAGCUUGAUGGUGCUACAGCUGCUCUCAGCGUUUUUGUUCAUGAUGGUGAACAUCUGCACAACGAUGAUGGGAUUCACAGUGCUGCUCUUCCUGCUGAGGUCUCUGGUGGCCAUGAACUUUAACGUGGUUUACAUUUACACUGCUGAGGUGUAUCCCACUGUCGCUCGCUCUCUAGGAAUGGGUUUCUGUACAUCCUUCAGUCGGAUUGGAGGGAUGAUUGCUCCGUUCAUUGCUCAGGUGCUGAUGUCCCAGUCGGUCAUCCUGGCCUUGUGUCCGUUCGCACUCGCGUGUGUCGUCUCGGCUCUUGGAAACUUUUUGUUGCCGAUUGAGACUAAAGGACGUGCUUUGCUGCAAAGCUCCUGAGGACCAAACCACAAGAUGUUUUUAAUCUACAGCUGCAACUGCGAUGUAAAUAAAACUGUAUGAAAUGUUUUCUGU